AUGGUGACCCCGCCAGCCUCCAGACACGAGUUGACCAAAUUCAUGGCGGAUCUGCCUCGCGACUUUUCUCUCGUCCAUCAGCAGCACGACUGGAAUAUCCACCGACCGCGACAGCUCUUUCGUGUGCCUGGUCUGAUCGAGCGAGAGACCAAGCGCAAGGUCGUCGAAUAUGAGGCCGCAAAAGCGGAGAUGAAGGCCGCUGGGGCACGAGAUGUCGAGGCUCAUCUGCCUCUGAUUCUCUCGUCUGAGGAUGCUCAGCUGAAGCCUGCCGUCGCUCGUGCUCCCGCCCACAGAGUGGCUGUGCCGCUACUGCCAUCACAUGGGCGUGUCAAAGAUGCCGAGAAAUCUCCCGAUGCAGACGCGCCACUACCAUGCCAAAGUGCAAAUGCAAAGACAAUCCCGCCGCACGUGCGCCAUGCUGAGCGGUCCAUGGUCCCAGGCAUCCAGCCGCCAUCAGCAAAGCCGCUCUAA